AUGUACAACUACCGAACCAUAGCUCUCGGCACUUUAGAGGAGACCGCAUGGAAGGCCGGGAAGCAGGCAGGCGGAUUGAAUCAACAAAGAGGAAACAGAGCUGCAGAAAUCUGCAGAUCGAAUGAACAAAGAGGCAACACAGCUGAGUGCAGGAAACUGGAAAGGAAUGUCAAGACAGGCAGGGGUGGAGCUGGCCAGAGGUGGAAGUUAUGCCUGAAAACGAAUUUGAAACCUUGUUUAACACCGGACCCGUUAAAUGAUCUCUUCCGAAGCAUCACCAAUAACCUAGAAACUUCACUUACUCCGAUAG